GCCGCCAAUCCGAAGAAUUCGUAUGCGGUCAAUGGGCUUGCUCUUUUCGCACGGUCGCAGUCUGAGGAAGAACGACUCCUGCGUUUAGCUGUUGAGCUGGACCCCAUGAAUAGCUAUGCUCUGGCGAACCUCGGUGGGAUCAUCAUGUGUGAGGCAUGGGAUGAUCUAUCGCGGAUGCGCAACCAGGAGGCGGAGGAUCUUUUGCAGAG